GUGAUUUAAAAAAUGGUGGUUAUUGGACAUUGGAACGUUGCCGCUACUACCACUACUAAGUGAUUGAGUGACGGACGGCUGGCUGCUGACGUGCGCUCGGCUUCGACAGCGACAGACGGAACGGAGACGGACGUGCUGCCAGUACGCGGCAAGCAGCGCAUUAAUGGCAAGGAUUUGUUGAGACGACGAUUGAACAUUGCACGGUAUAUCCUGGCAGGAUUUGAAGACUUUGACCACAAACUUCCGAUGGACAUGUUGAUGCGAUAACGCAAGACGACCCGCAAGAGACAGACAUCACUCACGCUACGGUGGCAUAUUGUGGCAACAGACAGGAUAAAGACGCAAUCGACGCAACCUACAGAUCCCGGAACUUCCCAGAACACUCAGUCACAUUGCAAAUUCCUGGGCUUCCCCUGUUUUUUUCCUUCCGGCUGGCUGGUUCCAGGCUUCCAAAUCCCAACCGUUAUUACCCUACUUGCUCCGAGCCGAAGCGCUAUCCCGUACAGCCCUGGUGCGGUGCAAAAUGAUGGCAUCCUGUUCGUCGUUUAACAAGCACAUCUUCCUCAAUGGUGGACCGCCGAGCGAGACGACGAGCGAAAUCUCGUCGGUCGAGAGCGAUUGGGGCGAUCUGCGGCUGAUUGCGGCGCAGCUGGGCGUCGCCAAUCCGGACGAUCUGCACGUGGAGCGGUUCAAGGUCGACCGGCAGAAGCUGGAAGACAUGAUAAAGGUGGAAACAUAUUCAGAGGGAAUGAAUAGUGCCGAGGAGUUCUUCACGAAUAUCAUGAAGGAGACCACCACCUAUGUCAGCUGGCCCUGCCGGUUGAAGAUCGGCGCCAAGACGAAGAAGGAUCCCCACAUCCGGAUCGUAGGCAAGAUGGCGGACGUGCUGCGGGCGAAGGAUAAAGUGAUGGCCCGGCUCGACUCCAGGGGUAGCCGCGUGAUCAUGAAGAUGGACGUCUCGUACACGGACCAUUCGUUCAUCAUUGGGCGGGGCGGCAACAACAUCAAGAAGAUUAUGGAGGAGACCGCCACCCACAUCCACUUCCCGGACUCGAACCGUUCGAAUCCGACCGAGAAGAGCAAUCAGGUGUCGAUGUGCGGCAGCAUCGAGGGGGUGGAACGGGCGAGAUCGCUGGUGCGCAACUCGACGCCGUUGCUGAUCUCCUUCGAGCUGCCGAUACUGGCGCCGGGCAAGACGCCGCCGGACAACGACACGCCGUACGUGAAGGAGAUCGAGGCGGAGUACGGGGUGCAGGUGAUCUUCUCCACCCGACCGAAGCUCCACUCGUCGCUCGUGCUGGUGAAGGGGUCGGAAAAGGAGGAGCGCAUGGUGAAGGAGGCGACCCGCCGGCUGAUGGACCUGAUGUGCGAGAAUAUGGCGAGCCAAAUACCGGUGCACAUGCAGCUGGAAAUCUCGACCCAGCAUCAUCCGAUCGUGCUCGGCCGGUCGUCGAGCAAUUUGCGUGAAAUUAUGAACCGCACCGGUACACAGAUAAUGUUCCCGGAUGCAAACGAUGUGAACAUCAAGCCAAUCAAGCGCUCCCAGGUGACCAUAACUGGCUCCAUAAACGGUGUCUACCUAGCGAGGCAGCAAUUAAUUGGAAGCCUCCCGAUAGCGCUCAUCUUCGACUACCCGGAGAACACGGUCGAUUCGGACGAAAUUACCAAGCUAAUGCUAACGCACGACGUGUUCAUCUCGGUGCGGCAAAAGUCCCGCCAGAGCACGCUCUGCAUCGUGAUCAAGGGCAUCGAGAAGUUUAUCGCCAACAUCUACGAGGCGCGCCAUCAGCUGCUGAAGGGCGGUGGGGCGCGCGUUGUCGCCGAAAUACCGCGCACGUACUUCGGGCCGAACGAGCACCCGCAGCAAACGAGCCAGAACAUAUCGGCACUGUUGGCGGGCCCGGUAGCGCCACCGUUCUCGCCGCUGUCACCCAUCAAUCCGCUACCGUUCGUCGGAUGGCCAACGCCAACGUCGGCGGCCGCGGCGGCGGCUGCGGUGGCGGCGGCUGCAGCGGCCGCCUCCCUGCCGUCGACUGAUUUUGCCUUCAGCCACAUGCGGGGUCAGUUCCAGAACUUCCACGUGCAUGGACCGGGCAAGAUGCCGGCGGGCCAUCAUCAUCAGCUGCUGCCGCUUUCGCUCCCGCCCGGGCUAGAGCGGGCAGUACCGGCAGGUAGUUCGGCCGGGAAGAUGAACCAGCUUUCCAGCCCCCAUUUGCUGUCCGUACCGGGGCACGGGGUCGGUGGUGGAGGCAGCGCAUCUUACCUACAAAAUCAGCAACACCAACAUCAUGCCCAGCAGCAGCAGCAGCAUCAUCACACGACGCAUUCGCACCAUCAACGCAAUCAGCAGCAUUCGAACGGGAACUGCUCGACUUCCACCAGCCUAACAGUGAGCCAGAACAGCAGCCACAACGAUAUCCAUUCGAGCGGCUACCAAAGCCUCAACUGUUCCAGCAACUCGCUCGACCAGCAGUUCCCGAGCAACUCGUCCGCGUCCGGCUCGGUGUCGCAGGUGUCCUCCAACUCGCUGCUGAACAGCUCGCCCGACCAUCAAAGUCCGGGCGCGGCCGGGACGAGCGGAUUGAACCGGUGCCGGCUUUCCGUCUGCACGCCGGAAAGUCCACACUACCAGUCGGAGCUGGAGCAACGAACGCCACUCGCGUUCGAGCAGAAGAGCUCCCUGGCCGACACGUUCCUGUUCAAUCUGGAUCCGCGCGUGGUGGCGGGUUACAAGGCGAUGCACAUGUCGCCCCAGCAGGGUGAAAUACGCACCCCGACGCUGUCCUGGCAGGGGCUCGGGCUAAGCCAGUCGUCGCCCGCCCCGCUCGAGGCGUGCGAUCUCAGCUGGGCCAACACGAGCAGCUCGAGCAGCACCGGAGGUGGUCGGGACGGUGGUGGCGGUAGCGGCUGCGCCAACACCAGUACGAGCAGCUCGAGCAGCGGGGCGGCUGAUUCGCGCCACAACAUGACGACCACCAUGAUUGAGGUGACACCGCGGCAUCAGCGCGAGCAGAUGUCCCAGUAUAACGACGUCACCACCAUCCUGACCGGGCUGGGGCUCGAGCACUACAUCAAGAACUUCAUCAACGGCGAGAUCGACAUGACCGUCUUCCAGACGCUCACCGAUCAGGAUCUGCUCAAUCUGGACAUUAAGCCGCUGGGGGCGCGCCGGCGCAUCCUGAUGGCGAUACACGAUCUGAGCGUCCGGCAGGGCGGUGGGCUGUUCGGGUCGUCCGCCCUGUCACCGUCGGCCCUACCGUCGUCACUGUCGCGCUUUUCCGGCUCGGCCGCACCCGGUGCAGAGCGCCGGAGCUCCAGUGGGCAGUAGGUUAAGGAGAGGCAGCCUACUCGACGGGUGAUGCGAUGUGGUGUGUGCGCGAGCGGCUGUCGCCUGAAGAGAGCGAGUUGUGCGCUUUAAUGGCAUGAGAUCCCGCGAAACGCGGAAGUAUUAAACACUAAUUAAUUAAACCUCGCGCUUAAUUAAUGAAGCGUCUUACAAUGCGGACGAUACGUUCCUGCAAAUUGCAAUAAUUGAACAUCGAGUGUGUACAAUCGAGUAGUUCGGGGCAGCGAAACACUAAAGGAUCCUGCCUCUUGAGUGUCCUUUAAAAUUGGAAUGCUUCGGAAAGUAUCAUUCGCUUGCACUCCAUCCAACCGUCUUCUGUCCAGCUGUCGCUGUCAUCCAGCGGGAGGCGAAAAUUGUGCCCUAAUCAUUGCAAAAGCAGAACCUCCCAAAAAAAAAGAUACACACACACGCAAGCGGAAAAGAUAAAAGGCUUCGGGCGAUGGUAACCGACGGGACAGCUGGAGUACUUUUGUGCUCAUCCGGACAGUGCACCGUCUCCGGCAGCGGUGGUGGUGGUUUGAAAUAAGAAGCUCAAUUUCCUCCCAACCAAUAAGGACCAAAGCAGAGACAGUCACACAAAGUACAAAGACAGCACGAAUUCGACCUGACAUAAGGAGGCAGCUGGCAGGACCGGGAAUUGGAACGUACAAUAAUUGCAAUUAAAUGCAACGGCAUCCGCUCGGCUAAUCCUGUUUCCCCGAACACGGUCCAAUAGUCCGGCGUUCCCACCCGGUGCCACACCGAAGUCAGUGGCUACCAGGGUGUGUGUGUGUGUGUGUGUGUGUGUGUGAGAUGAAGCCCAAACAAAGCGGGCAGCCAACAGCAACCGAUGUACCACGACGCAACUAGUCAACCGAGCAGCCACUGACACAGGCCGGCUCCUCAAGACAAGACAAAUCCGGAGUCGCUUUUUAAACUUGAAUUUCGUUUUAAUUCCAUUCACUCCUCCCACCAUGCCACGCUUCCGCGAGCAGCUAAGCAUCGAGUGUCGCUUCAUCUACUCCCUAUCCACCACGCUUCCGCCAUACGACUGCAGCGCCAUCUCGCGUCAAACGAGCGCAAGGCUCGCUUCGAUCGGUACCAGGCGGUACUACCGCAACACACUUUCACGCCCGUCGAGCGACUACUCUUCGCGCACAUCCUUCCUCCUUUUUGCUGCAUGAUUCUCGUCCUUUUGCUGACGCUUUUCUAAUUGCAUGCUUUUCAUACAGUUGCAUUGAUUUUAAUUUUGAAUAGAUACAAACCGCACACCCGCGUUGCAUCGCGCAUCGUACGACGGGAGGGUUGAUGGUGCCUUAGGCACGAAAUCAACUAAAACCCCGACGGCAGACACGGUGCGGGAUGGUGUUUGAAAAUAAUUUAUUUAAUACUACUUCGUUGACAUGCACUUUGUAAACAGCAAAGAAACACCAAGAGCACAACAACUAACGAUACGUUGAGAACUAGGGCAGUAGUUUUGAUAAUGAAGCUGUAGAGCGCUACCGUUCAUCAGCAGACUUUUUCUUCGGGCGUUUGCUUCCUAGUUUAACGAAACCUUUGCUUCCGCUGAUGAGGAGGAAUAAUGUAGGCAUGGUUUUUUUUAGCUCAGUGCACACCGUUCAUACUGCUUCCCAUCAGUAUCCGGCCUGGUUUCAUCAAGUUAUCGUCAACCCUCCCAAAUAACUGCAACCAACGUGUGUGCGGUUUGUCCAAAUUGUUGUGUUCUUCAUUAUUACUUUUUCCACCAGUCGUUUUAUCCAUUAGAACUAUAUUGUUUUUUUUCUAGCUUCUUCUCCUCUACACUUCUUAGAGAUUUUUCAAUUCAUUUAAAUUGUUACAAGUUAACAGAUUAGUGCAUGCGUAGCC